AUGGAUAAAGUGAAGUCUAAAAAAAGAGUGUGCAUCAGUCUUCCAAAGAAAUACAUGGCUGCUUUGGCUAAAAACUACGAACUGGACCAUGGGUUGGUAAUAACGGAGCUGAACCCCUAUGUAAAUGCAGGAUAUGUACGAGCUUACUUUAAAGACUGGGGAGUUGUCACAGCGUGUAAGGUUAAGAAGAUGCCCAACUCGGAGCAAAAUAAGGCCGUGGCCUAUGUGAGGUUUUCUUCCGAGGAUGAAGCUGACAAAGCAGAAUGGUCCAGUCCUCACUACAUUGGAGGCGACGUGGAAGUAAAACGAGUUGUUAGUCCAAAGAUGGAGGAGGAUUCAUAUGAGGAGGUCGCCCAAGCCAUGGCUCGACCACGGCGCUCAAUGGGCUUGGGCUACAUACUGGGAGAUGCUCAGUGGUUAGAUAAUGAAAUGGAGGAAUAA